AUGUCCGCCAUCGUCAGCGCAGUAGAGAAGUUUCGGAAGGAUUUCCCUGGACCGCUACGGGUCGGUGUCGGCAUAGAUGGCAGCGAGCUCUCCGAGAAGGCCUUCGACGUCGCGUGCAGGAUCCUACACAACGAGCGCGGGGACCGCCUGUACGCCAUCCACGUCGCAGCGCACCGCAGUCGGGUUCCUGACCCUCUCCAUAGCGCGGAGCACCUCCAGCGGAGCUUCGAGCGGCGCGCGUACCAUCACCGCGCGACGAUGACGUUCUACGCGCGCGAGAAGUCUGGCACUGACACCACAACGGGCAUUUUGUCGGCCCUGGCGGAGGAGCUGGAGCUGGACCUCCUUGUCGUGGGCGCCUUCGGCCGCAAGGGCGAGAAGGUCGAGGUGCUGGGGAGCGUGGCGGACGGCGCGCUGCGCAAGAGCAACUGCACGGUGGUGGUGGUGCGUACCACGAGCUACGACCUGGAGAACAGCAGCGCGUGGACCCUCGCGGUCGACGAAUCGAAGACGUCGGUGCACGCGUUCGCGGCGAUCGUGGGGCGCUUCGCUAAGAAGGGCGACAAGAUCACAGUGAUGCAUGCGAGCUUCAACAGGGACGGCGGGAAGGUGCUGGCGCCGUUCCAGCACUGCCUCGAGCACGAGUUCAAGGGCGAGUACGAGGCGGACACGGAGUUCUGCAGCAUGCCGUACGCGGGGCAGAACAGCGUCAGCGCCGCGCUCAUGAAGUUCGCCACCGACAAACAAACCGACUUCCUCGUCAUGGGCAUCUCAGGUUGGGGCAAGGAGAAGCUGGGGAGCGUCAGCGAGGACGUGCUCAUGCUGUCGCGCGUGACGGCGAUCGCGAUCAAGGACCCGUACGAAGUGCGCGCCAAGCGCGCGGAGCGGCAGCCCGAGCUGAUCAAGAACUGA